AUGCCACCAAAGAAGCUACCGCCGAAGGCGCCAAAGCCUCAACAGCAGAGUCAGGGCCAGAGCCCGAGCACGCCUAAACCUAAACCUAAACCCAAGAACAACUCUAGCACUACUACCACCAACAACCAACCAGCAAUCCCAGAACAUGAAGUAAAACAAAGCUCCUCUGUAAGUGCCCAACUCGCCCUCGAAGCCGCGAAGAAAGCAUAUGAGCUACGUCAAGCAGCAUAUGGCGCUGGUGACCCCAAUGCACGUGAAGAAAUUCUAGCCAAAGCCAUCAACAAAGAGAUCGAAGCCGAAUCUUUUGGUAAAGCCGCAAAGUAUACACGCUCGGGUGCUUUCCAAGGACUUGCGGCAGGUGCUGGAGUGGGCAUCCAACCUGGUGCGACUCUAGGCAAAUUGACCGGAGCUCUAGUUGGUGGUGUCGUUUCCUCGGUAGGUGGCGUGCUAGGUGGUGGUAUUGGAUCUGCUUAUGGAGCCAUGAGUGGUCCGUUCUGGGAUCUGGGACAGAUCGCGAGUCAAGGAGUCAGAAGUGUUGUAGGUGAUUUCCCGAAUUGGGAAGCAACAUCAAGUCAGAAAAAGGCGCUAGAGAAGAUGGUGAUGAGAGCGCAACAAACAAAGGCACCUGACCAAGACGAACUGGAGGAGAUGAAGGCCGACAAUGGAGGUGUGAGCCAAGAUGACUACAAGCAAUUUGCCACGGAUAUAACGAGCUGGCUCCCAAGUAUGCCUUCUAUGCCGUCCAAACAGUCCUUGCCCUCAAUGCCUUCCAUGCCAUCGAUUUCUUCAAUUCCAGGUCUGGGAGGAAAAUCUGAAGCGGAGAAACCAACUGCGAACGCGAGCAAGACAAAAACCACUACGAAAUCGAGUCAGAGUCAACAAGCGAAAGCACCGGCUAAACCACAAACGAAACCUCAAAGUACUCCAGCAAAAGCUCCCAGCCAGACCACAAAAACACAAGAACCUCAGAAAUCGAAUACGACUACGACUACAGCGAAGCAGACACCGAAGAAGCCGAAAGUUCAAUCGACGGCUGAUUCGACAAAAUCUGAUCGUCCUGCUGUUCGAAAAGCACCUGCGAAAUUAGGACCGAGUCGCAAACCCGCAGCAGCAGCGAAUGGAUGA